AUGAUAAAGCGGGGAGAGAUGCAAGAUACCCUCUCUGCUCCUUCCACCCGUUUCCAGUGUCUUCUCCUUCUCCAACCCUAAUCCUACUCCUGCCUCCGUUGCACCGCGUGACCUCAGGCUUAUGCCACUGCGCCGCCGUCCGCCUAACAUCUCGCAACCAGAUUCUCGUCAUUUUCGUCGACUCUUGGUCUCUCAAGCUCUCUCUAUCUCAUUGCACCAAAAGCCCCAGCUGCCUGUUGAGUUCUUUCUAUGUGAUUAUCACUGACGACCAUUGCGAAGCCCUUCCGGCCAUCCCAAAAUAAACACUCCUUGAGGCCCUGCUCCUUUUAAUUCUGUUGUCAAAACCCUAAAAAAACUUCUUAUGAGGAGAAGCCAAGAGAUUGGGAGUUGAGAGGUUGUUUGACAUUGGAGUGUUUGGUCUUUGGAGCUGUAGCGCCACUACGCCAGCCUUGCAAAGCCCUGUGGGACCUCACAUUCUCUUGGAUUCCUUUGCUCACUGGAGCAAAAACAACAAAAGGAGUUGCGAUUGUUGGAGGAAGAUCAUUGGCUUUCUUGCUUCUUCGAUUCGAGCUUAGAACCCAGCUAACACAACAGGCUACUCAAAUUUCCUAUUACAUGGUUUUUAUUGACUCAGCCGUUGCAUAGGAUGUGAGAUCCCUCCACUUUUUUAUACAGAGUUGAAGUGCAACGAAUCAAAGAUGCUAGUAGCUUCUCAUUUUCACCCAUUCCUUGACAUUUGUGACAGAAAUAGCAUUAUCAAACAGCGUGGGUGGAUGAAGUACAAAUCCUUGAAUUCAAGUCAAUUUGUUGGAAGAUUUGGCUUCACUCGACGAAUUCAGACUCCCAAAUUUCUCAUACCUGUCCGACAAACCAGCACUUUUGUGAUUCCGAACACAGAUGAUGGCCACCUUGCUGUAUCCUUGACCGAGGAGAAUGCAAACACAAAUCAUGGUCUCAACAAUGGAGUAGAGACUUGGUUGAGCAAAUGGUCACCUCCUGGGUACCUAUGGAGAGGAUUAUCGGUUCCCAUCCUGGCAGGGCAGGUAAUUUUAAGGACCCUGAAAGGCAAAGUCCACUGGAGGAACACACUCCAACAACUAGAAAGAGUUGGGCCGAAAUCAGUUGGUGUCUGUCUCUUAACUUCGGCCUUUGUUGGCAUGGCCUUCACCAUCCAAUUUGUUAGAGAAUUCACCAGAUUAGGUUUGAACAGAUCUGUUGGUGGUGUACUCGCCCUGGCCUUCGCAAGGGAGCUGAGUCCUGUGGUGACAUCGGUGGUAGUUGCAGGUCGUAUUGGUAGUGCUUUUGCUGCAGAGUUGGGAACAAUGCAGGUUUCUGAGCAAACUGACACCUUGAGAGUUCUUGGGGCAAAUCCUGUUGAUUAUCUGAUCACACCAAGAGUGCUUGCAUCUUGCAUUGCGUUACCUAUUUUGACUUUAAUGUGUUUCACGGUGGGAAUGGCUUCCAGUGCUCUGUUGGCUGACACUGUUUAUGGGGUUAGCAUUAACAUUAUCUUGGAUUCUGCUCAGAGAGCUCUCAAGUCGUGGGAUAUAAUUAGUGCAAUGAUCAAGUCGCAAGUUUUUGGUGCAAUCAUAUCUAUUGUGAGCUGUGCAUGGGGAGUUACUACCAUGGGAGGUGCCAAAGGUGUUGGAGAGUCGACAACUUCAGCCGUCGUCCUCUCUCUGGUUGGUAUUUUUAUUGCUGAUUUUGCACUUUCUUGUAUCUUCUUUCAGGGAGCUGGGGAUUCACUUAAGAAUUGUGUAUAAUGUAGGGGACAUCAUAUUGUUGCGCAGUUUUUUUUAUUUCGUUGUAAAUAGUCAAGCAUCAGAAACCGGGGAAAAAGGGGUGAGGGGUAAUGGUUUUUGUUGCAUGAAAUGAUCUUUUGGGAUUCAAAUCUAGAACAUAGUUCAAAGUAAAAAUAAAUUGGUUUUAUUGCCAAUAGGCAGGAUCACUGCCUAGGUAUA